CAUCCGACCCAUGUCAUCGGGCACCCAUGCUCGUGGACCGGUGCCGCUGUCUUAUCAGCGCUGAUAACAAUUACGCCUGCAUUUGUUUUUAUUGGCCGCACGGAGGGUGUGCGCGCCUCCGCCUGAACUACCUAUAUAAUUGCCUGCCUCCAAUCUUCAAGCUGCACUCUUGUAAUCGCGCGUGUCGCGUCACGCGCUCAGCUCAUCAUCACACCAACACACCUACAUAUUUAAUUUUACUACUUCUCUUCAAAUCUACGGUAACUCCAAAAGACUUCAGAAAAAUGGCUUAUCUUCAAUCGAUGCCUAAAUCUGAGACGAUCAGGCUCCGGGAGAAACAUAUUGGGGCUGCCUGCCAGUUGUUCUUCCGUUCAUCGCCGCUGAAAAUUGUUCGGGGAAUUGCUCAAUUUAUGUAUGAUGAGACGGGCGAGCGGUACCUCGACUGUAUCAACAAUGUCGCACACGUUGGGCAUUGCCACCCCCACGUGGUAGAAGCUGGCAGGAAUCAAAUGUCCCUCAUAUCCACCAACAACAGAUACCUUCACGACGAGAUGGUCAUUUUGGCUGAAAGACUAGUGAAAACCAUGCCUGACCCACUGUCUGUGUGCUUCUUUGUUAACUCAGGCUCAGAGGCAAAUGACCUCGCCUUCAGAUUAGCCAGGAUACACACUAACAAAAAGGAUGUCAUAACGCUUGACCACGCGUAUCAUGGCCAUCUUACGACCAUGAUCGAUGUGUCUCCCUACAAACUGAACCUACCCGGAGGGCCCGACAAGCCAGAGUGGGUUCACGUGGCUCCGGUCCCAGAUGUGUACAGAGGAAAAUACACGUAUCCCAAAGACGCUCAAUCAGAAGAGGAUUUAGGGAAACUGUACGCGGAUGAAGUAGGAAAAUUGUGCAAGGAGGUUACGGAGAGAAAUGGUGGCGUAUGUGCCUUCAUAGCCGAGAGCCUUCAGAGCUGCGGCGGGCAGAUCAUUCCGCCCGAGGGCUAUCUCAAGAGGGUUUACGAAUAUGUUAGGGAUGCGUCAGGGGUAUGCAUUGCCGACGAAGUACAAGUUGGUUUUGGUCGUGUGGGAACCCACAUGUGGGCCUUCGAGACCCAGGAUGUGGUGCCCGAUAUUGUGACCAUUGGGAAACCUAUGGGGAACGGCCAUCCAGUGGCGGCAGUGAUCACAACUCCUGAAAUCGCGAAGAGUUUUGCGGACACAGGCGUAGAAUACUUCAACACGUACGGUGGCAAUCCCGUAUCUUGCGCCAUUGCCAAUGCAGUAUUAGACGUUAUAGAAGAAGAGAAUCUUCUAGAACGAGCGGCACGCGUCGGUAACCACCUGAUGUCGCGGUGUGAAGAUUUGAAAAUGAGGCAUCGGCUGGUGGGGGAUGUGAGGGGUAGGGGACUGUUCGUGGGUGUAGAGUUGGUUACUGACAGGGAAGCCAGGACCCCUGCCACGGCUGAAGCAAAACAUAUUAUUAACAGAAUGCGAGAGGAGAAGAUCCUGAUCAGCCGGGACGGGCCGGAUAGCAACGUGCUGAAGUUCAAGCCACCCAUGGUGUUCAGUACUCAGGACGCGGACCGGCUGGUGGACACCCUGAACAGAGUGUUGACGGAGCUGGACGGCGCUAGGAUGCCGUUGGCUAACCUCCAACUUGAGGUUCUGGUGACUCCCAUCAGUGACGAUGAAGGAAACGAAGAGUCGCUAUUGAAAUCCAACAUGCAGACUAUCAAAAGCACGUGACGGCCUCAUUCUUGUACACCACUGAGUAUUAUCUAAAUAGUACUGUAAAUAUAGACGUAAGAUGUAAAUAUUUUACCAUUUUGAUAGUCUUUAAAACAUUUAUUCCAACUUAUGUUAGCUACAAAAACAAUUUGAAAUCCCGAUAUUGCAUUUACCUAAUUCUAACAAGUAGCUCGCAAUAGAAAAACAGAAAAGUUGGGACAAUUGCAUUGCUAUAUUUGUCAAGAGUUCGAUUUUGAUUUAAAAAACUUUUGCAAAAUAUCUAACGAACAUACAUACUGAGAUUUAAUAAUCUCUUCUAAAAGUAUUUUUUCGAAGUAGAUUUUAACAGAGUGUAUUUGAUAAUAAAAAUAAAUAUUUUAUAUAUGAUAGGGAUAUGCUUUCAGAUUAUUCUUACCUUAGUUACUUAUAAAUAAUAUUAAAUCGUGUAACUAUUGCAAUUAAAACAUUAAUGUAAAAUCUAUAAAUUGUGUUCUGACACAAUGCUAAAAUGAAUUGAUAUGUAUCCUAUGGAUAGUAUGAAGAAGAGUUGAAGUCUGUUUUUUGAAACUUUUUAACAAAUAAGGAAACUAAAUAAAACACUGAACCAUUAA